UGUAGUGACCUACUUUUGUCAACAGAACGCGAUUGGUUCGAUGAAAACAAUUAUUAUUAUAACCAAUUGUACCAGUGAUUGUUUUAUUGUGCUCGUUUGUUUAACUGUGCUAAUAACAGCCAUUUUGGGCUUCCAUUGUAUUCCGUUGCUUUUACGCGGUUUUUGGACUACGCACGUAUCUUAUCUUGCCGUUCGCAACUGUACUCCUUUGGCACGAUCUCGGUAUUCUUUCGAUACCACGAGAUCGCCAACAAAUAUAUACGACUACUACAAUCAUUUGCCUUCUGAUAUUUUGGCCUAUCGGAAUUUUAUUGGUCUAUUGGCAAGUAGUCUGGUAGCGGUGUUCAUAGUUCAGCUCAACUCGACACCACGCUACAUUUGGUGACCCAAAUUUUGGAACACGCCUCAACUUCGGUCAAAUCUUCUGCAACUGGUGAACCUACAUCUACGAGCACUUGGCAAUCGCAACCAAACCUUCCAAAGAAGUCAAUUUUGGUGAGUCUAUCGCUUAUCUAUCCACGUCUGUCAUAUAUUUCCAUAUUAAUUUUUAAUAUAUAUAUUUGACAUGACGGAUAACGAUAAGAAUAGUAUUAAUAUAAUAGACUCCGAUGUACGCGUACCGAAUCCUCGGCACUUUUUAUUCGCGUGACGAUAAAUUCCACGCCUUAUUCGAGAAAUUCCCCAGAUUAACUAAACCACUCGAGGAGAUUUCAUCGGUGACCAAUCGUGUGGUACACCACAUAGUCACCCGCGGACCACCAGUCACGGCAAGACCACGCCGACUGGCACCGGACAAAUUAGCUUUCGCUAAACGUGAGUUUGACAAUUUACUAUCUUCUGGUAUUAUUCGUCCUUCUCACAGUCCUUGGGCCUCUCCUUUACAUAUGGUGCGCAAAAAGGAUGGGGUUAGUUGGAGACCAUGCGGCGACUACCGAGCAUUAAACGUAGUUACGCGCUUUGAUAGCUACCCCAUCCCCCACAUACACGACAUCACGGCAUCGCUCAAGGGCACGACUAUCUUUUCUAAAAUCGAUCUGGUACGAGCAUAUCACCAGAUCCCAGUCGCUCUUGAAGACAUCGAAAAAACUGCUAUCACGACUCCUUUCGGUCUGUUUGAGUUCCUACGAAUGCCAUUUGGAUUACGGAAUGCUGCUCAAACUUUCCAAAGGUUUAUCGAUAGCAUAGUACGAGGCUUGGAUUUUGUUCACGUCUAUAUUGAUGACCUGCUGAUCGCAUCAUCAAACGUAGAUGAACAUUAUCAACACCUUACACUAUUAUUCCAACGUCUUUCGGAUAAUGGAAUAGUAGUCAACCCAGAAAAAUGUGAAUUGGGUAAAUCAGAAAUAAUAUUUCUGGGUCACAUCAUCAAACAAGAGGGUAUUCUGCCUUGCGAGGACAAAGUUCGAGCAAUCAAGGAGUACAACGUGCCGUCCUCAAUCAAGGAACUGAAGGCUUUUCUCGGUUUGGUUAACUUCUACCGACGUUUUAUCCCUCACGCGGCAGAACGGUUACGACCAUUAACCGAUUUACUACGCGGUAAUCCACGCAAAUUAGAACUGAACGAUACCGCACGUACUGCAUUCUCAGAGAUCAAAACGGCUCUCGCUGAAGUUACACUUCUCGCUCAUCCUGACCCAUCAGCCACGCUUAGUAUAGCGGUUGAUGCAUCGGAUUUUGCCAUAGGAGCCGUUAUGCAACAGAAUAUCUCCGGUAGUUGGCAACCCCUUGAAUUUUUCUCACGACGCCUUACUCCCACGGAGACGAGAUAUAGCGCUUUUGGUCGCGAGCUGCUUGCAGCCUACUGCGCCAUCAAACAUUUCCGGCACGCAGUAGAAGGACGUCAAUUCAUUUUAUUCACCGACCAUAAGCCCUUAACGUAUGCCCUGCAUACCAAGUCUGACCGCUACUCACCACGAGAGUGCAGACAUUUGGACUAUAUCUCCCAGUUCACGACAGACCUUCGUCACAUUAAAGGCGAGUCGAACUACGUUGCCGAUGCUCUUUCACGUAUCCAGACGAAUGCAGUUACUUUACCGGUGCUCGAUCUUCCUGCUAUGGCCGCCGCGCAAGCAAACGAUCCUGUCUGUACAGAAGCACCACAAUCUUCGUCCCUUCAGUGUCAGGAAGUACCCCUAGCUACUAGCUCAGGUACUAUCCUAUGUGAUAUUUCUACCGGUCUACCUCGACCCAUCGUACCCUCUACCUAUCGCCGUCUCGUCUUCGAUGCCCUUCAUGGAUUGUCUCAUCCAGGUAUCGCAGCCACAUUACGUCUCAUCGCUGCACGAUACGUCUGGCCGUCCAUGAAUAAAGAUGUUCGUAUGUGGGUAAAGCAAUGCUUACAGUGUCAACGAUCAAAAGUGCACAGGCACGUAGCUGCCCCCAUUGGCACGUUCGCUACGCCUGAUGCUCGCUUUGAUCACGUUCAUAUAGACAUUGUAGGACCAUUGCCACCAUCGCAUGGGUAUGAUCACAUACUCACGUGCAUUGACCGUUUUACAAGAUGGCCCGAAGCUAUUCCCAUCACGUCUAUCACGGCGGAGACAGUUGCUCACCGCUUCGUAGAACGAUGGAUAGCAUUGUACGGUUGUCCCUCGACUGUCACGACUGACCGAGGACAACAAUUUGAGUCCGCAUUAUUCUCCUCACUGACCCGGCUGCUUGGUACGGAACGCAUACGCACUACCGCCUACCAUCCAGCAUCGAAUGGUUUAGUCGAAAGGUUUCAUCGCCAACUUAAAAGUGCUCUCCGAGCACACGAAAACGACAAUUGGUACGAAACCUUACCGCUCGUUCUCUUAGGCAUCAGAACGAGUUUGAAGGCAGAUAUCCAAUGUUCCGCCGCUGAACUUGUAUACGGCACGACAUUGCGUCUGCCUGGGGAAUUCUUCACACCACGGAGCAGUAAUGAUUUCGGUAAAUCAGACUACGUCCAUCGACUGUCUGCAUUUAUGCGAACGCUGUCUCCGGUGUCAACUCGAAUACAACAUCGACAGGUCGCUCUCCCUCGAGAGUUAUCUACCUGUUCACAUGUUUUCAUACGAGUAGAUUCGGUACGCAAACCUCUACAACAGCCUUACGAAGGCCCUUUUCACGUGAUCUCUCGUCACGAAAAGACCUUCAAGGUUGAUCGACACGGCCGCGUCGAGAUCGUCAGCAUUGAUCGUCUCAAACCAGCACACGUCGAUGACAGUGCCCCACCCGAUAACUUGAGACUCAAUGCUAGACCUAUCAAACCUUCUAGCGGGAUCUCUACGUCUAACUCGGAUCCCACGCUAGAUACAUUAGAGACCUCGUUCUCACGUCCCGGUCAACAGCACGCGUCAUCUGCACCAUCUACGGACGAGACUUCCGUCUCACGUCCAGAUCGGCAGACCACGCCGCCCUUGACCUCGGAUGAGAUCGCAGGCUCACGAAGUACGAACGAGACCACCGUCUCACGUUUCGGUCGCCGAGUACGAUUACCCGUACGCUUUCGCGACUAAACGCACAGUCAAUAACGGAUACGGUGUAGGAUUAUUCCUAUACUACACGCAUGCUACACUUUUCUUUUUUUUGAUUUUUUUUGUAUCCUGAGCCCACGCCUCCGACCAUCGUCCAUUUGAUAACGUCGACUUCAGUCAACUUUGGCGAAAGCUGGUUUGGCCACCCACGCUCUAGUCAACGCACUCAGUCGAUUAUCUGGUCUCGAAUCCGCCUGGCAUAUGCUUGGUAGUUAUGGUCGCGUCCGGUUUCUUGGCUCAACGUGGUUUCGUCCUACGUCUGCAGCGUUUUCUGGUCCACAUCCCUACGAACGCAAUCUUCAGAUCCUGGAUACAACCCACUCUGGUGUGGUAUGCUAAUUCGACCAACAAAUACAGCACACUUCUCCUAGUACCGUUCUGCGCAAAAGACCUUCGUUGGCAACUCGAGGAUCAAUGAUCACUUCCUGUUCCGCCAAUUUCCUCCGUCCUACAACCGCAAUUCUGCCGAUCAGUCCCACGAAUCAAACCGCUAACUAUCGAAAGUGUAAACCCUUUCUAGCGAGGGGCUCCUGUAGUGACCUACUUUUGUCAACAGAACGCGAUUGGUUCGAUGAAAACAAUUAUUAUUAUAACCAAUUGUACCAGUGACUGUUUUACUGUGCUCGUUUGUUCAACUGUGCUAAUAACAGCCAUUUUGGGCUUCCAUUGUAUUCCAUUGCUUUUACGCGGUUUUUGGACUACGCACGUAUCUUAUCUUGCCGAUCGCAACUGUACUCCUUUGGCACGAUCUCGGUAUUCUUUCGAUACCACGAGAUCGCCAACAAAUAUAUACGACUACUACAAUCAUCUGCCUUCUGAUAUUUUGGCCUACCGGGAUUUUAUUGGUCUAUUGGCAAGUAGUCUGGUAGCGGUGUUCAUAGUUCAGCUCAACUCGACACCACGCUACA